UUACUUUUCAUUCGUAGACAUGGAUUUGUUCCUGGAUUCUGGUUAAUUAUGACAGAUUUCUUUCUGCCAGUUUCCUCAAAGUCAAACAGAAAUUUCCUAACUCACAAAAUCACAGCAGUGCCAUGUCUGUGACUGCCCUGUUCAGGGGCAAGUGGGGGCAGAAGUCGCAGGAACCCCCAGAGAAGCAUCCGGUGGCCGUGGCUCACCCCAGCCACGAGGACGAGGAUGACGAGGAUGAGUCCAGAGUCGGUUUCAGCAGAGAGCCAAUCCGCAGGAACUCCCGCUUCUACCGGUCAAUGAGGAAGAAGAGGCCGGCCUCGUCUGAGCAGUCUGAAGGUUGUUCCAGGCCUGAUGUGGACCACAGUCCGUCCAGCAGAGCUCCUUUACCCCACAAAUCACCCAUGUUGCCCGGGGCGAGACGCCCUCAGCUUUCGCCACAGCUCCAUCAUUCCAGAACUGUGUUGCCAAGCAAUGGCGAGGCCAGCAGCAGACAUGCUCCGUGCAACAGGGAUGCUGUGGAUAAGAGAAGAGGAGGAGUGGGAGGAGGGAGUGUGUACACAUCCGCUGCCUCCAACAGCCAGCACAGAGAUUCUCCAGCUGACAUGAUCACUUACCGGACUCACGGCGUUCACAGCGGAGACAUAAAGAAGCUGUCCGAGCAAACGGCUGCAGCUUGCACGGUGCAGGAGGUCAGAGGGAUCGCCAUGAGCUCACAGCAGCCCAGUUCUGACGGAGCGGACCGGGAGAACGCCAACCUCAGGUUGCUGAGCAAUGGAGGAAGCUCCCAGACGAUCUGCCACAGCCUCAACAUCAUCAAAAACAUCGCCGUCCUGUACCAGGAAUACCGGGACACCUCCAAGCAGCAGGAGAUCGAGCAGCGGCGGCAGCGUGACAACCUCUCUCCCGGGGUCACGGCGGGGACCGUGGCGGCGGUGUCGGGCGUCACGUCCCCCCCAGCGUUACAGCUGCAGCUGAGGAACAGCGCUCGCUCACUGAGCCUGUGGCAGAACCUGGAGGCCGUGCAGGCCAGCGGGCUGCUCAGCAAGUUACCUCACAGAGAAAUCAUCAUGCAGGAGGCCAUGUUUGAGCUUGUGACCUCAGAAGCAUCCUACUACAAGAGUCUGGAAAUUUUAGAGACUCAUUUCCUACGUAACCCUGUUUUAAUCACCACCCUCAGCCAGUCCGACAUGCACUUCCUGUUCUCCAACAUCGAGGAGGUCAUGAAAGCCAGUGAGAGGUUCCUGAUGGAUCUCGAGCACCGGAUCGAGGAGUCUAUUGUGAUUUCUGACGUCUGUGACAUUGUUUACCACCACGCCAUCAAACACUUCAGCGUCUUCAUCAAAUACGUUAUUAACCAGGUGUACCAGGAGAAGAACUACAGACGCAUUUUAGAGGGAAACCAGGCGUUUCGGGAGGCCAUGGCCGUUCUGGAGAACCAUCCUCGUGUCAGGGGCCUGUCCUUCACCUCGUUCCUCAUCCUUCCUUUCCAGAGGAUCACAAGACUCAAGCUGCUCGUGCAGAACAUCCUGAAAAAAGCCGAAGAAAACUCCAAGAGCGAAGCAAAUGCUAUAAAAGCACAUCAGCAGCUGGAGCAGAUUGUGAAGGAGUGCAACGAGGGGGUGCGAAAAAUGAGUCGCACCGAGGAGCUGAUCAGCAUUGAGAAAACACUGGAGUUUAAAUCCAAGUCUGUGCCCAUCAUUUCCCACUCGCGCUGGUUGCUAAAGAAAGGUGAAGUGCAGCUAAUGUCUGGACCUAAGAGCACUAGGACCAUGCGGAGUCGUAAGCUCUACCAACCGGUCUACUUGUUCCUGUUCAACAAUCUGCUGCUGGUCACCAAGCGCAGCUCCAGUGGUGACAAGUUCCAAGUUCUGGACUCGUGCUCGCGGGCCAUGUUGAGGACCGAAGACCUCGAGGACCAGGGCCAGCUUCUGGCCAGUGUCUUUAAUCUGAAGCUGCUGGAGAACCAAGAGGAACGUGAAGUCAGCUACAUGCUCAAGGCCGCCAGUAUGAGUGACAAGCUGCGAUGGAUGUGUGCUCUCACUCCUAACCGGCGCACACGCUUUAUGUCGACCAGCGCCCACCAACCAGACUCUCCACAGGUGCAGUGUAUUCAGUCAUACUCAUCUCAGGAGCCAGAUGAACUCUCCAUUGAGAUGGCUGAUGUUUUGAACCUCCUAGAGAGGACAGAUGACGGCUGGAUGAUGGGUGAAAGGCUCCAUGAUGGUGAAAGGGGCUGGUUCCCCAGUCGAGUAGUAGAGGAGAUCCAGAGCAAGGAGAUCCGAGCUCAGAACCUAAGAGAGGCCUUUAGGAUCCAGCAAGCCCAGGAAGGUGGAGGAGGCUCGCAAAUUGGAGCCAGGGUUGGUUUAAGGGCCGGGAGACGCACCCCAAAGGUCUCCAGCUCCUCCAGUUAUUGGAUUGAUCAGAUGGGUGAGAGCAGUGAAGGAAAGCAGUGAAUCGGUAACAGUGAUGAAUGACCAUAUGCACUAAGAGAAAUAUAAUCAGGAUACAUGUGACUCGAGUCCCACACAGUGAUCCUUGUCUCUUUGAUUUUCAUUUAGCAGUGGAUGAUUUUACACAUCCACGGUUUUGGUCUAAGUGAUCAAAGUGCUUGUCAGUAACCUUGUACAAGCAAUGCUGCAUGUCUCAUUAAUGUGUAGUGAAGGUGUAUUGUAGGCCCGCACACUGUGGUGUGUGAUGCAUGGAGCACAGCUCUGUGUUUGGUUGGGAGCUUUGUGUGGGAAUGCCACGAACCCCACCAGUCUUAAGGUACUGUAAACACCCCUCAGCUGCAUGGGCAAGUUUUUAAUGUGUUCAUUUCAUUGUAAAAUACCUUUCAACACCAACACCUGCAACACAAACAUUCAAGUGUACGGUGGCCCUGAGAGCUCAAUGCACUGAAACUCAAGAAAGCACUUGUAAAUAGCCAAAACAAAAGCACAUGAGGAAAUGAUCAUCAGUUUGGUCACAUGUGCAGCAUCUAGAAAAAAUGCUGCAAUGUGAGGAAAUACAGUCGGAUAGAGAAAACACAACCAAUCACACACAAUGCAACAAAAUACAGACACACUGCAAGUCACACAACAGACAUUAGUUAAAACAAAACAACCAAAACUAAAACUCAUUGACUAAUGGAAAUGAAUUAGUUAGUUUUAGUAUUCUGAUUGCAUGAUUCAGAUAUUAUUUGCCAUUAUUUGGAUUCAUUAAUGUAGUUAGCACUAGCUAACAUUAAAUGUCUGCAAUAACAUCUGAACCAUGCAAUCAGAAACUUACAGAAUAAAAUAGUAUUGUAUGAAAAUCACCAAUGAUUAUUUAAAAGUCUGUGAACAUUCAAGUGUCGCUAAAUUUCCCUUUUGAGUAUGAAACACCUGAUUGCUUGCUGUAAGAGGAGGCUUAUAACAACCUCCUGUUAACGCAAGCUGAGCUACAGUGUUUAAUACUCAAAACAUAUAUUUUAUGUGGAAUAUCACUUUAAAAUUGUAAGUUCAAUUAAAGUGCAUACAUACACACACACACACACACACACACACUCAGGAUAAAUCCUGUAAUUGCAAUUCAAUGCCAAAUAACUGCAAUAUAUCGUAAAUGUAAUGAAUGUAUCAACAACAAUGGAUCAGCAUGAUUGUAAAGUCUGUGUCUUUAAAUACAGCAUGUGUACAGUAAUGCAAACAGUCGAUGUUUAAAGUAAUAAUUACUAAAUAAUUAUUUCAUUUUGUAAGAUGUAAAUUAUUGUUCAUAAAAAAGUAUUAAUCAGA